GGGAGAGCCCCUGCAGUACCGCACACGGCCGCGGCGGCGCCGGCGAGCCCGCACACACCGCUCCGCUAAAGAUGUGAAAAUGGCGGAGCUACAAAUGCUUCUGGAAGAGGAGAUUCCAGCAGGACGAAGCGCACUGCUGGACAGUUUCACCAAUUUGGAAAGAGUCGCCGAGUACUGCGAGAGCAACUAUGUCCAGUCUCCAGACAAGCAGAGGGCGCUGGAGGAGACCAAGAACUACACCACCCAGUCUCUGGCCAGCGUAGCCUACCUGAUAAACACUCUGGCCAACAAUGUCCUGCAGAUGCUGGACAUCCAGGCCUCGCAGCUCCGCCGCAUGGAGUCCUCCAUCAACCACAUCUCACAGACGGUGGACAUCCAUAAAGAGAAGGUAGCCAGGCGGGAGAUCGGCAUCCUCACCACCAACAAGAACACGUCCCGCACACACAAGAUCAUCGCCCCAGCCAAUCCAGAGAGGCCUGUGCGCUACAUCCGCAAACCCAUCGACUACAGCCUGCUAGACGACAUGGGUCACGGAGUCAAGGCCAGCGCUCAGAACAUGAAGGCCGGAGGAGGCGCGCUCCCUCGCACCAACCCCCCCACACAGAAGCCCCCCAGCCCGCCCAUGACAGGGAAGGGGACCCUCGGGCGCCACUCCCCCUAUAGGACGCUUGAGCCGGUGCGUCCACCCGUUGUCCCUAACGACUACGUCUCGAGCCCGACGCGCAACAUGGCGCCCCCCCAGCAGAGCCCUGCACGCACUGCAUCUGUUAAUCAGAGGAACCGCACGUACAGCAGUGGGAGCAGCGGAGGCAGCCACCCCAGCAGCAGUCGCAGCAGCAGCCGAGAGAACAGCGGCAGCGGCAGCGUGGGCGUGCCCAUCGCCGUGCCCACCCCGGCCCCGCCCACCGCCUUCCCAGGUGCUCCUCAGUUCUACAGCAUGAACCGCCCGGCGCAGCAGCCCCAAAGCCAGCAGGUCGGAGGCUCCCUGCCGUACCGCCGACCCUCGUCUGUCACCGGACAGCCCAACAUGCCACACAACCAGAGCCAGCUCAACGGCGGACCCCACUUCGCCCAGAACCAAGCAGGUCCGCUCGCGCCCCCUCCCCCCUCCAUGCAGAUCACCCCUCAGCUGCCUCUGAUGGGCUUUGUGGCCCGAGUUCAGGAGACUAUCUCAGACGUGCCGCCCCCGCCUCCGCCUGCAGAUGAGCCGGUGUUUGAGGAACCCACACCUCCUCCGCCGCCGCCGGAGGACUACGAGGACGAUGAAGACGAGGAGGAGUCGGCGGUGGUGGAGUACAGCGACCCCUACGCGGAGGAGGACCCGCCCUGGGCCCCACGCAGCUACCUGGAGAAAGUGGUGGCCAUCUACGACUACGCUCGAGACAAAGAAGACGAGCUUUCGUUCCAGGAGGGCGCCAUCAUCUACGUGAUCAAGAAGAACGACGACGGCUGGUAUGAGGGCGUGAUGAACGGGACCACGGGCCUCUUCCCCGGCAACUACGUCGAGUCCAUCAUGCACUACGCCGACUGAACAAUCCCCCCCCUCUUCCCUCCCCCAUCCCUCCCCCCCCCUCAUGAGCGGACCGGGAAGAGGAGCGGGAUCGUUUGACGGGGAAGGGGAAGGGGGAGGGAGGGAGGGGAGCCAAGGGUUUAAAGGUCAAAGACUUUGAUCAGACAGAGCAUGAUCACCUCCGGGCGAAGAGAGAGAAGGGGGGGAGGGAGGGAGGGGGGGGGGGGGGGGGGGGGGGAGGAAGCAGUUUUGAAGUUGCAACAUGACAAACUGACGCCCAGUCAUUCUCUCGACAUAGUCGCCGUUGUAAAACAACCACUACUCUAGAUAUAUCGCUCCCUGUAAUAUUUUCUUUCUUUAUUUGACUGAGACGACUGGACGGUGAUGGAUUUAUUGUAUUUUGAGAGUUUUGCGUUACAUAAUGAGGUCACUACAUUGAUUUUUGCUUCAUUUUUUUUUCUUUGUUUUAUUUUACCAAUUUGCCCUUAUUUUAAACAAUAUUUAUUUGGAUUCUGUAGUGGGAUACAUGUGUGCAGAUAGACGGGGAGGGGGGGGGGGCUGCUCAGAAGGAUUUAGUUUGGGAUUUCCAUAUUGCAGCUCCGGAGGGAGGACGGGCUGGAGGAGAAAUGCCUUCAUGUGUAGAUUUUCUCCUGAACACUCCAGAGACAUUUUUAGAGAAAAUUACUCCUCUCUGUAUAUUUAAAGUAUAAUGCAACAACAAUAUCCUCAGCGGGAGAAAAAAAGAAAAACCCAGUAGUUUCCAUACAAUACUUGACAAAAUUAAUGGUUAGGUACCUCAGCUGGGAGCGUGCCAAAGCAGAUGUUCACUGAGAAAAGCACAUCAAAUGUCUUCAUGUGACACACAAAAGGUAGAUUAAUGUGUCAAAAACAAGACAUCUGAAAGCAAACAGAAUGCUUUACACUAAGAUUUUUGCUCUUUUUUUUAAAUUAAUUUGAGCAUCAGAAACGUUUUGUGAGGUUUUAACUUGAAGAGGCGAGUUGAGUCACUACAUGCUUCAUUUUGCUGGCCAGUGUGCUUUUCUUUUCUUUUCUUUUUACGGGUGAAGGAAUCGUCAUCCAGCCCUCAAAUAAUAAGAGAGGAGAGAGAGAGAGAGAGAGAGAUCCUCAGUUGCACAAUGACCUGGAUGUUGAAGUCUUACUCUGCAGCUUCUGUGAUGAAUAAUAGAAGUAUAUUAGCUGGACUGGCGAGGCUGGUCUUCUGGGCUACUCAUUUGCAGUGUUCAUACGCAUUCAAGACGAAGAAUUUACCUUUUUUCUUUCUUUUUUUUUAAACUUUUGUUUUUGGCGUUUUUACCAAGGGGUCCAGAAUGGAGUUUUGCUUGCAGAGCGGCAGACUGCAUGUUUCGACGAGGAUUAAAACAAAUCAUUUCUGCUCUACUGAUGAUUAAUGUCUUAAUAUUUUUAGAUAUGGUGUGGUUCUUGGUUUGGUUUUUGAUAUUCACCCACGACGACGACGACACAUUUAGGUCAUUUCUAAGACGCUUGUGCCAUAUUGAAGUGUGUGUUGCUGUUCAGAGGUUCUCACUUCAUUUGCAAUAAAUUGGCCAGAGUGGGGGUGGGCGGUCGUUGAACUAAUCUUUUUCUUUUUUUUUUUCUGUUUUCCCGAGUUGUUUUGAAUCAAAAGCACAUACAUUUGUAGUAAAAAAAAAAAAGGUGUAGAAGAAGAAAUAUUAUAAAUGUGAGAUGUAUUAUGUCCUCCAAACAGGACUUAUUGAAUAUGAGAAGAAGCCAGCUGUCGUGUUGAAAUGGUUUUAACCGUCGCAAGCCCCCCAUACUUCUAAACGCCGUCAGUUUAGGAGUCGUUCGUCCUCCGUACUGUUUCCAAUAACGCUUGGCUGUUGGGUGUUUGCGAGGGCUCAGUGCUUGUACUUAUGUCAGAAUCUUUAUUUUCUAUUAAAAAAAAAAAGAAAAAAAAAGAAAUAAUAACAAGUGGGCCUGUAUGUGAGUCUUGCAUGCCAUUGUUCUUAUCUGUACUGGUGUCCCAAAAACCUUCGUGGCGAGAUCACCCAUUCUAAAAACACAAGCAGCCCUGCAGCUCUGACCAGGUACCACCAGCCUCAUCCAAAGAGACUGUACAACUUUACUUUGAGCCCACGUCCGAGGAGUCGCUCUCUGACCUGUGGGGGAGGGAGGAAGGGAGUAAGGUUGGGGGGGCGAGGUGGAGUUGCCUCCUCUUCACCUCCCCUCCCAUCAUUACAUCAGUAGUGGAAAAAAAAAUCGUGUGUGUGUGUGUGUGUGUGUGUGUGUGUGUGUGUGUGUGUGUGUGUGUGUGUGUGUGUGUGUGUGUGUGUGUGUGUGUGUGUGUGUGUGUGUGUGUGUGUGUGUGUGUGUGUGUGUGUGUACGCUGCUAGUGAAUCCUGCGGACAAAGAAACCUCCAACAGGCGGGAGACGGAUGAUGAUAAAUGUAACACUCGAGAUGAAUUGCAAAGCUUGACUCUUGUUUCAUGACACUCCUAUGAAGACACUAAAAAAAAAAAAAAAAAUUUAAAAUUAAACAAAAAAAAAAAAAAAAAAAAAAUCCCAAAUAAGGCCGUUGGUCUGCAGGAUUCACAGCUCCCUGGAGUCACAGACGUCCCUCGGGAUGUCAGGUCUAACAGUCCAUAAUGCCAUUGUGUUGCACAGUUAAAGUUGAAUUGCAGAAGUAUCAUAUUUGUAAAAUCAUGAGAACAAAGACAAUAAAAUUAUUAAGAUUUA